CAGUGAACUCUCUUUCAAGAACCGUCGCCGUUGGCUGCCGGGGCUCUCCGUUCGUCUUCCCGUUCGUGAAAUGGCGAGUGGUUCAUCAAGCGGAAGCUUACUAAAGCCUUCGUCUCGAAAGAGUUUUUUUCUUCCUUCGUGUGUGAUCGUCAUUGUUGGAAUAAUCGUGGCGUUGACUUAUCAGUCGAAGUUGAAACCACCUCCGCCGAAGCUAUGUGGCUCAGAUGGUGGUCCACUGAUCACAGCGCCGCGGAUAAAGCUGCGAGAUGGGAGGCAUUUAGCUUACAAAGAGCAUGGUCUUCCAAGAGACAAAGCUAACCGCAAAAUCGUCUUCAUCCAUGGAUCCGAUUGUUGUAGACACGACGCCGUUUUCGCCACUCUCCUCUCUCAGGAUCUAGUAGAGGAACUAGGUGUGUAUAUGGUUUCGUUCGACAGACCAGGUUAUUGUCAGAGUGAUCCGGAUCCAAAUCGUACACCGAAGAGCUUGGUUCUGGAUAUUGAAGAGCUAGCUGAUCAGUUGAGUCUAGGAUCGAAAUUCUAUGUGCUCGGAUACUCGAUGGGAGGACAGGCAGCAUGGGGAUGCAUUAAAUACAUUCCUCAUCGAUUAGCCGGAGUAACACUAGUUGCUCCUGUUGUAAACUAUUAUUGGAGGAACUUACCUUUGAACGUUUCCACUGAAGGAUUUAACUUUCAACAAAAGAGAGAUCAACGGUCAGUUCGUGUUGCUCACUAUGCUCCUUGGCUUACCUAUUGGUGGAACACACAAAAUUGGUUCCCGGGUUCCAGUAUUGCGAACCGAGAUCACAGUCUAUUGUCACAGUCGGAUAAAGAUAUUAUUUCGACGCUCGGUUCAUCGAGGAAACCGCAUUGGGCAGAAGUAAGGCAGCAAGGGAUACAUGAGAGUAUUAACCGUGACAUGAUUGUGGGAUUUGGGAAUUGGGAAUUUGAUCCUAUAGAACUCGAGAACCCAUUUUUGAACAAUGAAGGCUCUGUGCAUUUGUGGCAUGGAGAUGAGGACAUGUUAGUGCCAGUGACGCUGCAACGCUACCUUGCUCAUAAGCUUCCAUGGGUUAACUAUCAUGAGGUUCCGCGCAGUGGCCACUUCUUCCACUUCACUGAAGGUGUGGUUGAUGACAUUGUAAAGACGCUCUUAACCACCAAUGCAGAGAAUAAGUAGAAGAGCCUCUCCUGUUUGUAUUGUUAAUUUUUAAAGUUUCCAAAAUGUUUAGAAAAGAAACCCCAAAAUAAACCAAUCACGGAUACAGUGGAGUUAUGUGUUCGUUACUUUUGUUCAGCAUCAUUAAACUUAGUUUAAUUUGGUUACUCAUUAUUUA